UAUACACCAUAUAAAUAAAGGAUUAUGUGUAUAAAGUCUAAUUUCAAUAAUAUUUCAUACUGUUCUUCAGACGACUGAAAUGAAGAAACCCGUAGAAAGGAGGGAAUCAAUACUCGCUAACUAUUUCCCAUCAAAAAAAUCAACAAAGAGACAUCAUAUAACAAACUCCAAAGAGGAGCUGGAGGACCCAGACAUCUCGCUGAGAAAUUCACCGAAAAGACUCUCGAUGUCUGAAGAGACGGAGGACAAAAGCACCGGUCAUUCAGAAAGAACCAUGAGGGAGGAGUGUGGUCCACAGCGUGUAUUUAAGGUGGUGUUUUUGGGGAAUUCUGGGGUGGGAAAGAGCUCGUUCAUCCAACACUACUCCAGCGGUCACUUCCCCAACAACAUGGCCUCAACUGUCGGGAUGGAUUUCCAGGUCAGGUGUGUGAUGCUGGACUCCACACCCGUCGCUCUGCAGCUGUGGGACACCGCAGGACAGGAAAGAUUCCACAGCAUCACACAGCAGUACUUUCGUCGGGCGGAUGGGAUCGUUGCUAUGUACGAUGUCACCCAGGAGACGUCUUUCAUGGCUGUCCGCCAUUGGCUGGACCAGGUGCAGGAAAAGAUGACAGAGGAGGCGUGUCUGAUGUUGCUAGGCAAUAAGACAGACCUAGCAACAGGUGAUAAAAGGCAAGUGACCAAACCACAAGGCCGGAGGUUGGCCGAGCAGUAUCAGGCUGAGUUCUACGAGUGCAGUGCUAAAAACAAACAGCACGUGGAAGACGCCAUGACUCACCUCACCAGGUUACUUGCCUCGCAGCAGGAUAAACAAUGCGAGUCCACGCUACGCCUGGAAAUGUCGUCCAGCAGAGGGCGCUGCUGCGCAUGAGCGCCGCGGAACUACACCGCUCAUUAAUAGUUAUAAAGUGACGUCACUGUACACUUCAGAAAAACGGUUUAAAAACACUAUAUCAAAAUAUAAUAUUUAUUAAGAAAAAAAGAAAGAAUAUAUAUUUUGUAUUAUAUAAACCCGUUUUUUGGUAGAUCGACUACCAUUGUAUACCAUAUUUGUAUACCACACUUUCACUACAAAUAUGUUUACACUAUGGUUACUGUAUUAAACCAUUAUUAGCCAUUGUUAAGGAGGAUUGAGGCAACAUAAAUAUUGAUGUAUUUUACAUGAAUUAGUAUUACUUGCAUUGUAUUAUCUUGGAACAGUAUGUAUAUCAACUAUUAUGGGAAUAUAAAUACAUGUCAUUUUUAA